AUGCCAGUGGUGCCUUCCCUUGCUACAGCCAACACCGCCGAGUCAUCCGGUGCCUCCGGUGCCUAUGGCAGCAGCAAAAAUCUUCCUUAUGCCCCUCAAAAUACCAGAGGCAACAGUAUCAGUUCCUCCAUCACCUAUCCCAACAACAAGGGCGAGAUUCUGAUCCAUCGUCCAGCUGCCAUCAUUGUCAAACGCCCACCCACCCGUGUCGUUGUCAACCAUCCCCCACUAGUCGUUAAGCCCGCCCCAGUUGUGUUGCACAAACCCCCAGCAGUCGUGUUGCGCAAGGUCGUUGUCAAGCACCAUCCCCGCCCAGUCAAGGUUGAACCUGUGUACGUGAAUGUUGUCAAGCCCCCAGCAGAGAAAUAUUUCGUCAACGAGAAACAACAACAUUACAGUGCCCAACCCGCUGCCUUUACGCCCGUUAAUUUGGGACCAGCUGCCUUUGCCAAUGCUCCUGGUGCUUUCUCGCUCAACAAUGCUGCCUCCUUUGCGCCUCUGGGUGCUGGCGGUGCUGGUAAUGUCGCCGGUGGUGAUGCUGCUGCCGCCGCUGCUGCUGCUGCAGGUGGUGAUGCCUCCAACUCUGGUUACCAAUUGUUGUCCGGCAACAAUGGUUUGGCCGCUUUGGCCAGCCUUAAUGGUGGUGGUUAUGGUGGUGCCGCUGCUGCCCCUGCUCCCAGCUAUGGUGGUUCUUCCGCUCCUUCCUAUUAA